AUGACUGCAGAAGCGCAGCAGGCUCUGUCCUCUCAGCCCCCUCCUCCUCCGGUGCAGAGCAGCUACGGCCCCAUGUCCUCGGUGGCUGAGAAGCAGCCGCAGAGCUCGGCCAUGGACGCCGCCUCCGCGGGGACCGGCGGCGCGGCCGGCAGCGCCCCGGGCAGCGGCGGGGCCCCGGGUAGCGCCGGCCCCAAGGCGAAGAAGACGAACGCGGGGAUCCGGCGGCCGGAGAAACCGCCUUAUUCCUACAUCGCCCUCAUCGUCAUGGCUAUCCAGAGCUCUCCUUCCAAACGCCUGACCCUCAGCGAGAUCUACCAGUUCUUGCAGAGCCGCUUCCCUUUCUUCCGAGGCUCCUACCAGGGCUGGAAAAACUCGGUGCGCCACAACCUCUCGCUCAACGAGUGCUUCAUCAAGCUGCCCAAGGGCUUGGGACGCCCGGGCAAGGGCCACUACUGGACCAUCGACCCGGCCAGCGAGUUCAUGUUCGAGGAGGGCUCGUUCCGCCGCCGGCCCCGCGGGUUCCGGAGGAAAUGCCAGGCGCUGAAGCCCAUGUACAGCAUGAUGAACGGGCUCAGCUUCAACCACCUCCCCGACAGCUACGGCUUCCAGGGCUCGGCCGGCGGGCUCUCCUGCCCCCCCAACAGCCUCUCCCUCGAAGGGGGCUUGGGGAUGAUGAACGGGCAUUUGUCCAGCAACGUGGAGGGGAUGGGCCUGGCAGGACACUCCGUGCCCCACCUGCCCGCCAACGGUGGGCACACCUACAUGGGCGGCUGCACCGGCUCCUCGGCCGGGGAAUACCCGCACCACGACAGCUCCGUGCCCGCAUCCCCGUUGCUCCCCGCCGGCGGCGUGAUGGAGCCGCACUCGGUUUACUCCAGCUCGGCCUCGGCGUGGGCGCCCAGCGCCUCGGCGGCUCUCAACACCGGCGCGUCCUACAUCAAGCAGCAGCCUCUCUCGCCCUGCAACCCCACGGCCAACCCGCUCUCCUCCAGCCUCUCCACGCAUUCCCUGGACCAGCCCUACCUGCACCAGAACAGCCACAACACCGCCGACCUCCAAGGCAUCCCGCGGUAUCACUCACAGUCUCCGAGCAUGUGCGACAGAAAGGAAUUCGUCUUCUCUUUCAACGCCAUGGCCUCCUCCUCCAUGCAUUCAGCGGGCAGCGGCUCCUAUUACCACCAACAAGUGACAUACCAGGACAUCAAGCCGUGCGUUAUGUGAGCCGGGGCGGAAAAACCCCGGUCCUGGGCCCGGCCAGGCCGGAGCCGGGCACUGAGCAUCCCCCAGGACGCUCUGGGGUGACACGGGGGUGUCGCAGCCUGGCUUUGGGCAGCAGGAACGGACUGGAGCUCCGGGAAGCGGCGGGAGAGCGGAUUGCGCUCCCGGGAAUGAGCUGAGCAUCGGCCGGGAGUGCGAGCCCGCAGCGUCUGUGCCUUCUUCUACUCGGGGAGGGCUGCAGAAGAAAGCAAAAGCAGCCCCCCCGUCCGUCCCGAAAGCCCCGACUGCGAGUUUGGGGUGAGGCUUUGCCAAAUGAGGUUUUGAUGCCUCUUU